GUCACUUUCUGUGUUCACGCCGAUUGUAUGUUCUAUUGUGUUGGACUUCAAAUCGCAGAAGUGUGGAACAGUAUUUUCUUAAUUUUUAAUUUGGAACCAAGAAUACUGGAGACAUUAGAGGGCAACAGACUGCGUACUUUUAUUGUGUACUCACUCAAGUAGAGUUGUGUACAUGUUCUUUACGGCACACUGUGAUGGUAGAUGUACUUGCAGCAGUCAGUAUGUUUCGCAAGUGAUCCGACAUGUUGAUAUAAUGUAACCAAAGAAAAUGUGAAGCUAAAAAGCAAAAAACUGGAAUUAAGAAAUGAAAACAUUCAUGGGAAAAUGAGCCAAAAAUAUUGAAAUUUAUCAGCUGUUUCCAACUUGAGCAUGGAAACCUUUCUCCGUCCUUGUGUACAGUUUUUCGGUUAUCAAUGGUUACUGCGGGUAUUUACAUUUUUUCUUCUCAACGUGGAAGUACUCACUGUUUCGAGGUUUCCACCUCUAUUCAAUGCGGCUUUGGAACGGCCCAUUGUAACCAAUCCAACGUCGAGCACGUGUGGGGCGUCUACUAUGAGCGGCUACUGCCUGAGCUCGGAGAAAGUCGACUCCAUCAACAAGUGUGUGCUGGGCUACUGUGACGACACGUGCCCGGGCAGGACACUGCUGCCCUCAGCGGUCAACAUGAUGAUAGCCACUAGCGCUGGGUUCGGAACCUGUAUCGAAGCAGACGUCAUAAACACACGACCUGGCUCCAUGGCGGGAAACUAUUCAACACAGUUCAAGCAAGCCGGCUCCAACUGUUUCCUCACCCCCUCCAUGUCCCCCAGGGUGGAUGCUAAGGGUGUGGUCUCCUUCACCGUUUCCUGCUGGGUGUGGCUUGAUGCCCUGCAGCCCGGUACCUUGCUAGAGAAAGUGUCUACAGCAGGGGUCUCAUUGUUUGCUAUUGAAGUCAAUGCCACUGGGAUAUCCUUCUCUUAUGGAAUCGUGGAUACAAAUACUCUCAAGUCUUAUUUUGAUGUGACCAUAGCUUAUCAAAAGUGGACGCACAUUGCUUUACAGGUAAAUGAUGUGACAGCCAGCCUGUUUAUCAAUGGUCCAGCAGCUAACUUAGCUCCAACCCUAACUAGAACCUUGCUAACCCAAGUCUCUGAUAGUGACGGGACAUACAGGAUAGGGCAGAAUAAAAAUGGAGCAUCACAAUUUAUUGGUCGUAUUCAAGAUUUUUUAAUAUACACAGAUGCUUUAUCAAACAGAGAAAUAGCCCAGUUAUACUCUGGGGUGUUCCCUAGUGUCAGGAUCCAGUCAGCCUGUCGAUGCCAGAGUAUUUACCCCUGGGUGAAGCCAAAGCAGACCCAGUACUGUAUCAAGAACACAGCCCAGCCCAGCACCACUGAUGUCACCCUGCGGAUCUCCCCCAACUCACACCCUCUGGAGUACGCUAAUGAUGGAGACAGCAACAGCAUGUGGAUCUCCAGUUUCCAGAGUGAGGUGGAAAUUGAUAUUGAUCUUGGGGACCAGUUUCAGGUGUUUUAUGUUGUCAUGCAGUUUUACAGCCCCUUUCCCAAAGCUGUGACCAUCUCACGUCAAACAGAGCCCAACUCUGACUACCAGGUGUGGCAGUAUUAUGCUGAUAACUGUGCCAGGUUUAAUCUGGCCAACAAUGGGCCUUACACCUCACCUACAAGCAUCAACUGUCUACAGUUUGGCACUAAUGGAGCAGUGAUUCCAUAUUCCCUUGGAAAUAUAACCUUUAACCUUCUGGCCCCUGACCCCGUGGCUAGACCAGGCAGCACAGAUUUUUACAAUACCCCAGAGCUCCAUGAUUUUGUCAGGGCGAGGAGGGUGCGCCUAAAGUUUGAGGACCACUACUAUGUGGACAAUGUCCUGCGCCACCAGUAUUUUUCUCUAUAUGAAAUCAUCAUCACAGCCUGGUGUGACUGUAAUGGGCAUGCCUCUGUGUGUAACACGAGCACCUUGCCUUACACCUGUAGCUGCUCACCUGAGAGUAACACAGAAGGUGCUAGAUGUGAACGUUGCAAACCUUUGUUCAACAACAAGCCAUUCAAAAAGGGAGACAACCUACAGGAUUACCCUUGUCAGGCAUGUAACUGCUACGGACACGCCACAAGCUGCACCUACAACGUCACACUGGAUCCAUCUCCUGCCAGUGACACCCUUGGAGGGGGUGGGGUUUGUGUCAACUGUCAAGACUACACCUCUGGUCAGUUCUGUGAGACAUGUAUAAAAUAUUACUACCGGCCCAUUGGUCAGAGCCUGUAUGGCUCUAGCGUGUGCCAGCCAUGUGACUGCUUCACGCCUGGACUCAACACAACAGAUGUGGACUGUGUCAGGUCAGGUGGCCAGUGCUCCUGUAAAACAAAUGUAGAAGGAAGGCGUUGUGACACCUGUAAGCUGGGUUUCUACAAUCUGAACGCUACAUCAGCUGUUGGCUGUUCUCCCUGUAACUGUAACCCAGUGGGGGUGGACGCAGGGGACAUGUCCUGUGGUCAGACUACAGGCCAAUGCAGGUGCAAGGUCAAUGUUCAAGGUCUCCGCUGUGAUGAAUGCAAGUUUGGCUACUAUGGACUGACUGCGAGCAACCCUUUAGGUUGUGCUGGUUGUGACUGCAACCCUUUUGGCUCCAUGUCCAUCUACUGUAACCCCAUGAAUGGUCUGUGCGUGUGUAAGGACAGGGUAGAGGGCACCAAGUGUGACAGGUGUAAAGAUGGCUUCUUCAACUUCACCAGUGGAUGUGUGGCCUGCAAUUGUAACUCUCUAGGGACUGAGAAUGGAACAGUCUGUGACAAGGAAACUGGACAGUGCUUGUGCAAGAAAAAUGUUGAAGGCACCAGCUGUAAUACGUGUAAAGUAGGGACGUACAACUUUGGGUCUUCAGCUGCUUCAGGGUGUCAGGAGUGCACAUGUAAUGUGGCAGGUACAGUCAAUGGAACAGCCACCUGUAACAGGACGACUGGCAUGUGUAUCUGUAAAGCCAACGUGGAAGGCCAGUCCUGCAACAAGUGUAAGGCCAGCACCUGGGGUCUGAAUGCUUCAGACCCCCUGGGUUGUCAGCCCUGUAACUGUGACCCUACAGGCACUUUGGUGGAGGCGCUGUCUGUUUGUGACCAGAACACAGGGAACUGUACGUGUAUGUCCUACAGACAAGGGAGACGCUGUGACACUUGUGCCCAGGGCUACUACAUCAAUGCCAACACCUCUAAUGGCUGCCUGCCCUGUUCCUGCUUUGCCCCUGGCACACUGUCUGGUACCUACUGUAACCCAGUCAAUGGCAACUGUGAAUGUAAGGAAGAGUUUGGUGUCACUGGACGGCAGUGCAAUCAGUGUCUGCCAACUUUUUAUGCAUUUAAUAUCAGAGGAUACUGCACAGCCUGCAACUGUCUGCCAGCUGGCAGCUUAAACAACACGUGUAACACUGCCACUGGACAGUGCCAGUGUAAAUCACUUGUCCAAGGCUUGACCUGUGCUACUUGUAGAAAUGGAUCCAGCCUUUUAGAUGCCAAUAAUCCAUUUGGAUGCAGCACAGCACCAUCCCAACAGCCCCCACCAAUAGUCACCAACAGGACAUCCACAGCCCUAGAACUAACAUGGAAGAAACCUGACUCCCCCAAUGGGGAGAUACAGGAGUACAUUAUCUACCGCAAUAACACACGGGUAGCCAACACUUCUGCUGCCACCCUGACCUUCUGGGAUAGAAAUCUCCAGCCUUUCACCUACUAUGGUUACAACAUAGAAGUUAGAAAUGCUGUAGGUUCAUCUCGUAGUGUGCAGGUUGUGUUUGAAACUCUGGCAGGCAAUCCCAGUGCUGACAUGAACCUGACUGUGACUGACAUACGAGCCAGGAGUGCUGCAUGUUCCCUGGUGCCACCCUCCAUUCUAAAUGGUCCCCUGUCAAAGUAUGUCAUCCUCUCCAUGAAAACUGGAUCCAACACUACAACAGUUGAAUGGGAAGGGACUGGUACCUCUACGGUAUUGACAACACUGUCACCAUACACCAAGUACAGCUUGAUCCCCCGAGCCUGCACAGAUGGAGGAUGUACCAAUGGCAACCCUGUUCAGAUCAUCACACAGUCUGCUCCACCUGAGGGACAACUGCCUCCAACUAUACAGGCUAUAAAUAGCACGGCCCUCAAUGUGUCAUGGCUGCCACCAUUGCUACCUAAUGGAAUAAUUAGCUUUUACGAGCUGUAUUUCCGGGGUCCACUAGGAUCAGAUGGUCUGUACAAGCCUCCAGAAACUAGAAUUUUUAAUCCAAGUGGACGCUAUGACCCUCUGGCCAGUGCAGCAGGGAACCCAUUGUCCCCACCAGCCACCACAUAUCUGGUGGCCAACCUGUUGUCUUUCACAGUGUACGAGUUCAGGGUCACGUCAGAGAAUGAUGCAGGGAAGGCUACCAGUAGUUGGAAUCAAGGGAGAACAAUGGAGGAGGUGCCCAAAUAUUUGUCCCCACCUCUGGUCCAGGGCAUCAGUAGCUCUGAGCUGUCCAUCACCUGGACAGUGCCACUCCCUGAAGACAUGCAGGGGCUGGUCCUGAUCUAUCGCCUGUAUGAGAACCUCAAGGUCGACCUCUUGGUGGACCCAUACAGCCCACCAUUUGUCUGGACGCUGAUCUAUGAAGGAAAUGGAACCACGCUCAAGUUUUCUAAAACUGGACUGACGCCAUACUCAGAGCACAGUUUUAUCUUGGGGGCUUGUAACAGUAAGGGGUGUGUCAACAGUACAGCAGUUUCAGGCAGGACAUUACUUGCAGCCCCUGAAGGUGUCCAGCGGCCAUCUGUGGAUGGGUACAACACAACUGUAAUGAGGAUCAGCUGGGAUGAGCCGCUGUUCCCCAAUGGACCCUCACCUCUCUACAAGGUGGAGAAGACCAACAUUGCUCUCAGCUACCCCGCCUCAGUGGUCAGGGGGACUAGGUUUACAGGGGGAGGCUACUACUCUUUUCCAUCUUCUGUCAUUCCUCAAAGUGUUGAGUUUACUGGCAUUCGGUUCAGGUUUCGUCUGGAGAAGGGAACAGGAAUUUUGUUGUUCACAGCCACAAGCACACAAGAGGAGUUUCUGGCUGUCCAGUUUGUUAAUGGGCGGCCACGCUUUAUGUUUGAUACACAAGGCUGCUCCAAUAUAGGCUUUAUAACAACCACCAAUGAUGAGGGACUACUGUAUGAUGACAGGAAAUGGCACUCUUUUGUAGCUCGCAGGAACGGCACUAGUGGCGAGGUGGUGGUCGAUGAAAAAUGGAGAGGUGUUGGUAACAUCAGAGACGCCAGCUGUGCAGAGAGCAAUGUGAUUGGUCCAACAGUUGCUGUCUAUGUUGGAGGGUUUCCUCCGGACUUUAUCCUGCGACGUAAUGAUGGAUCACGGAGAGUAGAGACCACUUUCCUACAGGGCUGUAUUGACAGUGUUGAAAUACUCCAGCAAAUCUACCCUGAGGAGCUGUGGAGAAGGUUGGACUGGACACAGGGAGUGACCAAUGAUUUGGCUUUCCUCAACUGGCAGGGCUGUCCCAUCAAUCUAGAGAAAGGCUACCACUUUAUGGGGAAAGGCUACUUGGUACUGAAGAACUGUGAUGACAAGUCUGUGUGUGAUGUGAGUGGAGACCGCAUCGAAGUGCGAUUCCGUUUGAGGACAACCCUACAUACAGGCUUUCUGUUUCUGUUGUACGGGGGCAACAACAUUUAUAUGUACAGUGCUUUAGAAAAAGGUAAAUUGAGAUUUGUGAUCAGUGACAGCAACACCCGUACAGUAGUGACGUAUGACAAGAAUGACACCAACUUGUGUGACGGCAAGUGGAGACAACUCAUCUUCAGCAAGGUGGGGCAGCAGGCCACCAUCUCAGUCCCCACAGAGAGAAACUUCUCAGUGGGAGACCCUAAUGUGAUGAUGAACUUGGCCUUGAUCUCUGACAUCUACCUGGGUGGGCUCAAAGCUGGCUCAGAUGCUCUCAAGUAUGUCCAGCAAAAUGGGCUGCCCAUACCCCUGGAAGGUAUUGGCUAUGUUGGUUUUGGAGGCUGUUUCUCUGGUUUUGCCAUCAACACCAAACAGUACGAGACGGACUCAUCAGUUGUAGUGCUGGAUGUGGCCAACACCAACAUGGAUGGCUGCCCCCCUUACCACGAUGCCACCUUCACCUGUCAGGACAGCCUCAUCACCCAGGUGUACCUGGGCCAGGAGAGAGUGGCUUUUGACACAGGUCUGCUACCUUACACAGAUUACAUCUAUCGUGUAGUGGCCAACAACAGUGCAGGUACAGGAUACAGCUCAUGGGCGUAUGGUCGCACUAGGGAAGGAGCCCCAAGUGGGGUCAAAGGUCCCACCAGUGUUCGACCUUUGAGUGGGAAAGAGGUGGAGGUCAUCUGGCAGGAACCUGAGAUCACCUAUGGUCUGCUGACCAAAUACGUCAUCAUGGCAUAUGUUGUGACUGAGAAUAAUACUUUUGUGUCCAUGGAUUCUCUUGAUGUCAGUGUGACUGCAGCCAACAUGACAGGUGUGAUUCCUGACACGACUUACCUGAUCAAGAUAAAAGCUUGUACACCUGGUGGCUGUAACGAGAGUGUUGAUGGAAUGCAGGUCAUCAUGCCCAUAGAAGCCCCUGAAAACGUGUCAGCACCUACAGCAGAGGCUGGACCAACUUACCUGAUCGUCAAGUGGACCAUGCCAUUAAACCCUAAUGGCCCCAUCACUGGCUUCUUCCUCUAUCAGGAGGGGCAGGAGAUUUACAAGGGGGGACAACUCAGCUACAACGUCACAGGCUUGCAGGUGUACACUGCCUACAGGUUUUACGUGUCUGCCUGCACCUCCUCCGGCUGCACCAAAGGGCCGACUGUGGCCCUGAGCACAUCCCAGCUGCCACCUACAGCUGUGGGCCAGCUGCGGCUGCUUGUGUUAGGCACAUCCCGCAUCAAUGCCAGCUGGGACAAGCCCUUCCAGCUAAACGGAGUGCUGGAGUCCUACCAGCUGUACAGCUCCACAGAGGCGGGCACCAGGGGUCAGGUCAUCUACAACAGCACCAUGCUCUUGCAGUAUUACGUCAUCACUGGUCUGCUGUCUGGCACCACGUACUACAUCACACUUGGGGCUUGUACAGGUGGUGGCUGCACCCUGGGGAAUGCUUCGUCUGCCACAACAGAGGAGUCCGCCCCAGAUGGGGUGUCAGCACCUGUGGUCAACUCCCCCAGCCCGAGUGAGCUGUCUGUCACAUGGGACCCUCCACAGUAUCCCAAUGGUGCAAUAACAAAUUACAGUCUGGUACAGAAUGGUGUGGUGGUGUACACAGGUCUAAACAGAUCCUACAGCAUUGGCCAGCUGCUGCCAUACAGUUAUCAUGUCUUCAGAGUCAGAGCCUGCACAAUACGGGGCUGUGCUUACAGUGCUCAGGUGGAAGCCAGGACUAGAGAGGCAGCACCUAUAGGUUUUAUUGUGUUGACAGCAGCUGUAGCAGACGCCAGGACUGCCAAUGUGUCAUGGACAAUGCCAGAACAACCCAAUGGGCUAAUGAUGUUCCAAGUUUUCUUUACUGGGCUUUUUUAUACCAGUCCAGCCACAUGGAACUACACAACAGUAUCAGAGCGCCGCAUGCUGUUCAACUCAACCAAAGGCUACACUAUCUACCAGAUAGGACAACUCCUGCCUGUGUCCUCCUACAGUGUGCAGGUGAAUGGAUCCAACUCUGUUGGUUUCAUACUCAGCAACAUUGUGGCACUCACCAUGCCACCAGGAACGCCAGAUGGCAUGGCCCCACCCACUCUGGUAUCUGACACUCCUCGGUCCAUUAAAGUGAGCUGGCAGCCAGUGGGGCGUGUCAAUGCUAAUGAGACGGUGGCAUAUCUUUUACAAUUUAUUGACACCACACAGAACUCUAUCAUACAAGAUGAGUUUGGACCUACGGUGACACUUGCCUACACCAAGUUUAAUCUGAUGCCCUUCACUGAGUACAAGUUCAGGGUAGUUGCCAGCAAUAGUCUUGGUGACACCCGAUCUGACUGGGCCAGUGUUGUCACUAAACAAGACAAGCCUGCCUACAUGAACACACCUCUAAUCUCUGGGUUCAAGGCCAGAUAUGUGGACAUCACAUGGACAGUGCCACUAACUCCCAAUGGAAUUAUUGCCAACUACAACUUGUAUAUCAACACUGUUCUAAGGACACAGGUGGCAGGGAAUCUGACCAGUUACAGGCUGGACAACCUCAGCCCCUACACCAGCUACAUGUUUGAGGUGGAGGCUUGCACAGUGGGUGGGUGUACCAAGAGCCAGCCAUCUACUGCCAUCAGAACUCUAGAGGACUUACCUGAAGACCUGAAGAUGCCUGACCUGAGAGCACUGAGUCCAUCUGCCAUUCAGAUCUCCUAUCAGUCACCAGGCAAACCUAAUGGGGUCAUCAUGCAAUUCAUCAUUGAAAGAAAAGUUGGAAACUCAGAGAAUGUCACUUUUGUUACCUCUCGUACACCUGAUCUAUCAAUGAUCUACAUAGACGAGUCCAACAGUCUGACACCAUACUCCAUGUACAACUACCGUGUGAAUGUACAGAAUGGAGCAGGCAUAGCACAGGGACCAUGGACACAGAUCAUUACUGGAGCAUCUAGACCAGCUGGUGUGAACCCCCCACAAAUCAUAAGCCUAACUCCAACAUCAGUGCUGGUUCAGUGGUUACCUCCCCUGCAGCCUAAUGGUCAGAUAGAAAAUUAUGUCAUCCGUUUUCCUGAUCCACGUUUUGACAUCCGCAACACAUCCCAGACAACCCUCCUUGUGUCUGUUCUAACACCGUACACUCAGUACACAGUCACAGUCACAGCCUGUACAACUGGGGGGUGUACAGAAAGUGUUGGCACAGUAUUUACAACAAGUCCCAGCAUCCCCUCUGGUCAGGUGGCUCCCGUAGCUACAGCUAUAUCUUCAUCCAGGAUCUCCAUCCUGUGGCAACCAGUUGCCUCCCCCAAUGGACCAAACAUUUCGUACGAGUUGUCACGGGUCAAAGUGCGACAGCCACUUGACACUACUGUCACAGACAUUGGCCAAUGGCAGAGUGUUUACAAGGGCCCAGGCCUGUUCUAUGGGGACACCAACCUGCCCAUGUUCACCACCUAUGUCUACCGUACCACAGUGUACAACACCAUUGGCCAGGCCACCAGCCCUAACUCCACAGAGGCCACAACCUUUGGUGGCCUGCCCAGGCUGCCAGCUAAUGUGACGGCAAGGGUCAUGGAUCACCAGAGCAUCAUCGUUAACUGGACAGUGCCCAGCCCAGUGGAGCUGCAAGGAGAGAUCCAGACUCAGACAGUGCUAGCUUGGAGUAGCCAGAACAAUGUAUCUGUUGAUGUGGCUGUAGGAGUGUUUGGCACAGUGGUUACCUCACUGCUGCCCAACACAGACUACACAGUUACAGUAACUCUGACCAUUUUUGGUGGGGCCUACAUCAGUAGCCUGCCUCUUGUUGUCAGAACAAAGGAUGGAGCCCCAAGUGGCCUGAGUCCCCCUCAGCUGACUGUCAUGAGCACGACAUCUCUACGUGUGUCCUGGACAGCCCCAAGCCAACCAAAUGGUGACAUCACGGCCUACAACAUCUACAUAAAUGAUGUGAAGGUAGCAACAGGCUUCAAGCUGCCUGGGUCAACUGUUGUGUCCAACCUGCAGCCCUACACUGUCUAUGAUGUUAAGGUUGAGGCCUGCACAGUAUUUGCCUGCACUGUCAGCAAGAGUACACUAGGGACCACAGCUGAAGCCCUGCCACAAGGUCUAGCUGCCCCCAACAUUGUCUCACUCACAGCUACUCAGGUUGUUGUUCAAUGGACUUCACCAGACAGGCCUAAUGGAAUCAUCCAAAGAUAUGAACUGUGGAGAAAAACUUUGGAAAGCUGUGCCAAGAUCCCAGCUCCUAGCUCUGAUGCUGACUUACAAAAAUGUUCCUACAUUGAAUGUGGAGUGCUUGAGGGUCUCUGUGGGACUCAGUGUUAUACUGGGGCUAAGGCUUGCUGUGAUGGAAAACUCUUCCCUGCCUUGCCAGGCUAUGAGUGUUGUGGGAACAGCUAUGUGCUGAAGCCCCAACCAAAUUAUGUCUGCUGCAGUGGUCAGUUUUAUGAACCUAGGGACAACUACACCUGCUGUGGUCAAAGGUAUGUGCAGGUGUUGCCAGGUGAAACAUGUUGCCCUGAUGUCAAUGAGGACAGGUUGUCUAUCAGCCAGGGUGAUGCCUGUUGUGGUAACAUCCCCUUCUCUUCAUCUGGUGCUCAGAUGUGUUGUCAGGGUGUUCUUAUGGGUAAGCUGGGGCGCAGCUGUUGCGGUGGGCGGGUCAUCUAUGACUCAACAGUUUGCUGUGGCAACAUGGACAAUGGUCAGAUGUAUCUACCUCAAGCAGGCUAUGUCUGCUGUGGUCAGGAAUAUGUGGAGGCCAAGCUGACCAUGUGUUGCACAAGUGACACAGGCAAAUCCAAGACACACUACUAUGGGAGUGAGACAGAAAAGCUGGUGUCCUCAGACAAGUGCUGUGGCCAGAGUCGCAUCAGCACAAACCUGCAUUGUUGUAACAACCUGGGCUUUAACCCCCUCACACAGGUGUGUGCUGACAGAUCCAAGCUGCUCACAGGUUGUGGUACAGGUGUGGUUUGCCCCAUCAGCCAACAGUCAACAGCCUUCUGCAACAGGUGUGACUUUGACAGCUCUAAACGUACCUGUGGUGCUGUCAACAGCUCCAUCACCAACCAAACUGUCAGUCUCAACACCAGCUUGACCUGUACAACUGACACUGGAAGAAUUUAUUCUGGACCUAACCUUACGUACACUGAUGGGAAUGUAAGCCCCUACACCCAGUACCAGUACUACCUGUUAGCAGUGAACAGUGCUGGCACAGUGAGCAGCCCCUCCACAGAUGUGAGAACCACUGAGGCCCCACCUGAACUGGUCACUCCACCCUCUACCAGAGUUGCACCUGGUGAACUUUUUGCCUUCUAUCUCACCUGGACAGAGCCACAGAAACCCAAUGGUGUGAUAACCAGGUACUCCCUGAGGCGUGAUGGGAUGGAGCUGUACACUGGACCAGCCAUGAACUUCACAGAUGACCAGAACAUUCUGCCCUACCGCAGCUACUCAUACAUCCUGACUGCCUGCAAUCUUGCUGGCUGCGCUGAUAGUGAAAUGAUCAAAGUUGCCACAGCACAGACAGUGCCAGAGAUCCUGCUCCCCCCAUAUGUGGAAGUAAUGAGCUCUACCCAGAUCAAAGUGCUGGCCCAGCCACCAGGUGACCCCAAUGGGGUCAUUCAGUCCUACACAAUCUACAUCAGAGGUGUGGACCAGGUCUUCAACUCAACCAGCCCACAAGAAUUUAUUAUCCAAGAUCUGACACCAUUCACCAACUACACUGUGAUGAUGAAAGUCUGUACUGUUGUAGGCUGCUCUGUCAGCCCUAAUGUCACUGUAACUACCAUGGAGGAUUUGCCUCAAGGCCUGUCCCCACCCAGGAUAAUUGUCAUCAACUCUAGGACCAUUGAUGUAUACUGGAAAGCUCCCAACCAAACAAAUGGCAUCCUGCUGGGAUACAAACUUAUACAGACCAGACCAACACCAGUGACACAGGUGUAUUUUGGGAUGAACACCAUGCUCAGGUUGUCUUCACUGACCCCUGGUCAGUCGUACAUGUACCAGCUGGAGGUCCAGAAUAAUGCUGGCUCUGUGACCAGUACACCCAGGGAGAUUGUCAUGCCAGUGGUAGCACCAUUCACUGUACCACCGCCACAGUCUGUGGAAGUGUUAAGCUCCACGUCUGUCAGGGUCACAUGGCGGCCAAUCACAUCAGACCAGGGGGAGAUUGAUGGUUACAGAGUUCUGCUCAACUCUGGACUGGACACAGAGGUUGAGAGGGGUGUGGGCCUUGCAACAUCCAUUGACAUCUCCCCGUUACUGCCAUUCACCCAAUACGAGGUCAGGCUCCAGGCCUGUCUGCGUAAUGUCCUCAAUGGUUGUGGCACCAGCAAUGGGACAGUGGUGACCACCCUGGAGGACGUGCCCCGCGGCAUGCUGCCCCCCCAGCUGACACCUGUCUCCUACAACACCAUCAGUGUGGAGUGGAAGCCCCCCACUGUCCCCAACGGCAUCAUCAGCAAGUACAUGAUCUAUCAGAGGACUCCAGGGGUAAUCUCUGCAGUGCUGGUCAAUGAUGUGGCUGGUACCACCCUACAGUUCACACAUUCUGGUGGUAACCUUAAGCCUUACCAGCUGUAUGAAUACCAGGUGAUUGCCUUCAACUCAAAAGGACAAGCUGAAAGUGGGUGGUCAACUGUUAGAACAUUAGAGUCCACACCCAUUGGUUUAAACCCCCCAACUGUCAAUUUAAUCAGCAGCUAUGGAGUUUCCCUGUCCUGGACACCCCCCUCCAGUCCAAAUGGGAUCAUCCAAGAGUACAGGAUCUACUAUAGACUGAGCUCACUGGGUGUCAGUGCUGAGGUGUACAUCAGUGUAGGGGGUAAUGUGACUAGCACUUUACUCAGUGGGCUGGAAGCUUAUUCCAACUACUUACUGUCUCUGGAAGCUGGGAAUGUGGCUGGGAGUGUCAGGUCCACAGCUGUGAGGGUGACCACGAAGGAAGGCUACCCAUCAGGACUGUCUGACUUCAGGGUGGAGAAGGUCACAGCUGGUACCUCAGUCAUUCUAAGCUGGAGCCCUCCACAGAAACCUAAUGGGGUUAUAACCACAUACAGGAUCUACGAAGUUGGCUCAGAUGUGCCCCUGUACAGUGGAGCUGCCCAGUUGUUUGAGUUCCGACGUCUGCAGCCUUACACACAGUACCUGGUCAAGCUGGAAGCCUGUACCAGUGUUGGCUGUAGUCUGGGCAGAGUCCAGUCCUUUUACACAGCGGAGGUCCCCCCUGCAUCCCAGCCUAGUCCAGUUAUCAACAAGGUCAAUGGCACCAAUGUCCAGCUCUUCUGGACACCUCCUAUUAAUCCUAAUGGAAUCAUUACAUCUUAUGAAGUUCUCAGACUUGCCAGUACCAACAGACGCAGAAGGGACAUUGGCCACGUCAGUAGACAUGAUGAAAGGGGCAUUGACCAUCUCAUGGUCAAUAGACAUGAAAGGGACAUUGACUACCCAGAUUUUAAUACCACAAAUAACAAAGACACAAUAGGACAGUAUGAACUUUGCCCUCACGUAAUAAAUUUCCAGUAUUUUGAAGGCUGGCCACUGAUGUCAAUGCACCAUAGUGAUGGCUUUAACAACUUUGUAAUGGAGUCUAAUGGACGCCCCAGACGCCAGACAGUCACAGUUCCUCAGGUUGUGUACAGAACCACAGACACAACCCAAGACAACUACACAUACACGGACUCUGGCUUACAGCCGUACAAGACGUACCAGUACAGCAUCAGAGCAUCCAAUGCUCUGGGCUUCACAGACUCACCAUGGCAGACAGUGACCACACAACAAGCUGCGCCGGACGGUGUCCAGCCCCCAGUCCUGUCCUACAUAGACAACAGCAUCAACAGCCUGCGUGUGGCCUGGUCCCCGCCCACCGAGCUGAAUGGAGUCCUGCUGUGGUACCUGGUCCAGAGAAACUCUAGCCUCCCCCUGUCUUUCCAGCCUGACAGUGAGCGUCAGUUUGUGGACACUGGGCUUACGGCGUACACCGUCUACACCUACAGACUGACCGCCUGCACUGGUGGGGGCUGCACCACAAGUGAGCCAGCAACCAUCAGAACUUUAGAGGCCGCACCAUUUUUGGUGGCUCCUCCAACAGUGGAGGUCCUGAGUUCUACAGCCUUGAGGUUGUCCUGGAAGCCCCCAGACCUGAGCAAUGGUGAGAUGAAGCAGUACAGGCUCAAGAUGGACGGGGCUGUGGUCUACACUGGGCUGGAUGUGGCCUAUGUUGUCUCAGGACUGGCUCCAUAUCAACAGCAUGUUUUCACAGUCACUGCCUGCACUAAUGGAGGGUGUACUGAGUCAGGGGAGGUCACUGGCAGAACUGAUGAUGCCCCACCCACUGGGUUGUCUGCCCCACUGCCUAGAGUCAUUAGUUCUACUGCCAUUGAAGUCACAUGGACCGCACCCAACCGUCCCAAUGGGGUAAUUUCUUCAUAUGAACUGAGACGAGAUGGUCGCCUGAUCUACACCAACAGCAUAGCCCUCUCUGACAUUCUGGCUCUGUCUUUUACUGACAACAACCUUGAGCCUGGGGAGGAGUAUUCUUAUGUUGUAGUGGCCAGGAAUAGAAAAGGCAGCGUGGAGAGUAGCCCAGCCAAAGCCAUGACUUACUCCAGCUCUCCCACUGGUCUGGCUGCCCCAACACUCACACCUAUUUCCUCCACCUCCAUCAAGGUCGACUGGCUCCCCCCUGCCAACCCUAAUGGUCAACUGACCAACUAUUCCAUCUAUGAAGGGACCCGCCUGGUGUACUCUGGCCCCUCCACCCAGCUGAGCUACACUGUCCCAGGGCUCCAGUACUUCACCUCCUACAGCUUCAGGGUAGAGGCCUGCACUAGUCGGGGCUGUCUACUCAGUCAGCCAGCUGUCAACACGACCCUGCCAGCCAUCCCUGAAGGUCAGCCUGCCCCAGCGCUGGUGGCCCUGGCCAAUGAACAGGGAGCUCACACAGGCGUGCUGGUGUCCUGGGAUCCUCCAGCCAAACCUAAUGGGAUCAUUACAUCAUACGAGGUCCAGAGGAGGAACAUCUUGAGUGGUGCUGAACUGACCUAUGGUGACCCCGUCCCUGUGGCUAGCACAAGCUUCAGACAGUACAUUGACAACUCUACAGACCUGAAGCCCUUCUCCCAGUACCAGUACAUGGUCAUAGGUGUCAACUCAGUGGGCAAGGUGGCCAGCACAUGGUCAACAGUGACCACUAGAGAAGCUCCACCACAGGGGGUCCUGCCACCCAUUGUUAAUUCCAGCACUGCCAACACCAUCACAGUGUCCAUCCCAAACCCAUUAGUCCCUAAUGGUCUCAUCACUUCAUACAGGGUGCUGGUCAACAACACAGUGGCCUCAUCCUCCCCAUCAUCAAGACAAGCUGUAGUUGGCAUGUCAGACCCCCUGCUCCCCUACACCAGCUACCUGCUGCGCUCUCAGGUGUGUACUUCAGGUGGCUGCAGCACCAGUGAUGGCCUCAUGGCCAUAACUGACAGUGCCCGGCCCAGGGGUCUGGCCCCCAUCAGGACCACCAGUCUGGCCAAUGACAGCGUGGGCCUUGAGUGGUCUCCUCCACAGAAUCCAAAUGGGAACAUUCUCAGGUAUGAGGUAUACAAGAGGACCAGCUGCCCACCCACGCCCCAGCCCUUCAACCAGACCUGUAUAACAGGAGACACCCUCAUUAUCUACACUGGACUCAACUUGACCUCAAAGGCAACUGACCUUAACCCUUACACUGCGUAUGAGUUUCAGGUUCAGUGCUUCAAUGAUAAAGGUGGAGCAGACACACCUGAUUGGGUUCAGGUGGAGACACUCAAGUCAGCCCCAGUCUACAGCAACUAUCCUACACUCAGUAAAAAUGGCACUAUGGCCAUGAUAUCUUGGCCAAAUUCCUUCACAUUAAAUGGCCGACUGAGAGAAUACAUUCUCCUGGCUGAUGGCAAAGUUAUAUUCAGAGGUGUCACCACAUCAGGGGGUGUGGAGAGGGCAACCAAAACUCAAGUGGUCAGUUUCAUCAUCCAGGCUGUGACAGAUGUUGGACAAGCAGAGACCCCCAGUAUAGUCUUUGAUCCUGAUGCUGUUGAUAAUAUUGGUACCACCAGUUUGCCCCCAGUGCCAGCAGCCAUCUCAAGCUCCACACCUGUCUACCAGGAGGUCUGGUUCAUUGUCCUCAUGUGUAUCCUGGCUCUGGUCAUACUCUUUGUCCUGCUGGCCCUCUGUAUGAGGUGCACUGGCUCUAGAGAGCCCUACAUACGUGAGAGGAUGCCACUGACCAGACAUGACCAGCGUAACCUGCCUCGGGGCCUGUAUGUCAUAGAUGCAACAGACGGCAGUGUCAUUGAUGCUAACAGUAUGACACCAGUUCAUAGAGCCAACAGACACAACUUCUAUCAAGGUCCUGGCAUUGGUGUGGUCAACCCAGCGUUUGCUGACCAGACUAGAGGUUCACCCAGCAAGCUGAGCAGGGUGACACCCAAGUAUAUUGAUGAUGAUGAUGAUGACUUAAGGUGGAACAGGGCCUAUGACAGUGGUUUAUUUGAUGACCUUGAUGAUGAAAGCUCUAGUGGAAACACCUACAGCUACACCAAAGAGCAGACAGUUUUCACAGACACACAUUUAUAACAAAUCAUUCACAGGUUAGGUUUUGUACUGCUAACAUUUUACAACUCACCACAUGCUCAGGUCCUUUACUGAAUACAUUAUGAUGUCCCAAAAAGAAGGGGGUGGAGGGGCUAAUUUAAAUAUAUGGAAGUAAAUUUUAGCCAGUUUAAAUUUAGUGUAUGUAUCCACUGGAUGUAGGGGGAGGCAAACCUGUA